AUGAGAGGCCAGACCCAGGCUCAGUGCACCCCCGUGCCCUUGCCGGCCCUGGGCACCCAGAGGAUCAUCCAGGGCAACGGCACCACGGUGGGCACGGUCAUCUCCCUGCAGUGCCCGGCCAAACACACGCUGGUGGGGAGGCAGCUGAUGUGUGUCAUGGACACCAACAGCACCCACUGGGUGGGGGGCACCUACUGUAAACCGCCGUCUCCCUUUGAGGACUACGGUUUCCGCGUGGCCGUGCUGGCGUCCAUCGUGAGCUUGGCCGUCAUCUUCUUCAUGUCCGUGGCCUUCAUCACCUGCUGUUUGCUCGACUGCAUCAGAGGACAAGAGGAAAAACCAGGAGAGGUGAACUUCAAUAAUAAUCUGUUACUUUCAGUAGAAGUCCUUCACUUCACAUCAUGA